UGCAAAGAUCCUAGGAGUAGUAAUGGAUUCCAACUACGCUUCAAGAAACACAUUGUUAACGCCGUUACCAAAGGACUUACAGCAGCCAUGGCGCUGAGAAGGUCAAAGAUGGCCACAGUUGCACCAGUGGCAGACUACGCUUCUGGAGCUUUUCGGACAGUCGCAACAGCAGUGAGUGAAGCAGAGGCAGGGAUUCAACCUUUCCAUAACCGACACAUGGGGAAAGCUACGAAACGGUGGAUCGACAUACAGGCCUUACUCAAAUCGAACCCACUGAGGAAACUGAGAACUAUUACAAUCCGAAGCUUUAUAUCUCCUUUACAGAGAAUAGCUCAGCCACUAAAAGCAACAAAAACUGAGCGGAUAGAAACUAUCCAGGCAUUCACAGUACUACUGUGGACAGUCCGGAUACUAACGAUAUGUGAAAAAGAUGGGGAUAAAGCUAUUGAGAUUGCUAAUAAAGCAGUAGGCAUUCUAAUUGCUACAAGCGCAUCCACCAGAUCAGGGAUUGUGGGCAUAGGGGGUUGCAUAAGAGACACUCAAGAGGACAACAAUGGGAACAACAUGUCCAGCUAA